ACUCGCUCUCAGCCACGGAUGUCUAUUCUCACUCGCAAGCGACGACGAUCGGAGGCGUUCCAAGAAGACGAAGAAUCACACCAUAGCGAGCAGCCGGUUGCCGGAGAACAGUCAGAAGUGGAAGCACAGGACGGCGUCGAAGAGUCGGUAGCGGAGAAAGACGACGCGCCGGAUGAGAGGGCGAAGAAGGAGCGAGAGGUAUGGGACGCGUUCAGGGAAGAGCAGUAUGAAGUGCUCGAGCAGCUGCCGCUCUCAUUGCAACGCUCGUUCGCGUUGAUGCUGGAACUGGACCAGCAGGCGCAAGAUGAUGAGAAGACACUUGUACCCACAGUUCGCGAAUACAUCUCUGUCAGGAAGAAACUGGCUAGUCAAAGUACAACCAAGGACUCCCCGAGCGACGCCACAGCGGUUCAGACAGGGGACGAGCGAACAUCCCUGCCGGAUGAUCAAGCGAAUGCGGGAGACAUACCUGUCCAGAAUGCACCACAGCAGGACGCGGCGUCGACAGCGCCACCUCAAGACAGCUCGCCCGAGCCGUUAGCGUCGUCCAGACAGCUCCUCACGAAGUUGGCCAACCUAUCCGAAGAAGUGGUCCGUGCUUCCAAUGAGAAGGUCAAUGUUGCUCGGUUCGUAUACGACCUGGCAGACAGGUACAUUCGCGACCUUGACCGUGCUAUCAAGGAACAAGAAACCUCGCUUUCACUUGGUCUCAGACCAGGUACACACCCUGCCUCCAUUAUCCUCCCCGAAAUUGUCCCACCUACACGCACACGCGUAAUACAGCAACCUCCGCCCCCGUCAGAGCCGAUCCCAAUUGCCGAAGUUCAGGUACUCGGAGGACCGGAGCAUACAUCCGUGAGCGUUCAAGCCGAAGAAGAGGAUGCCGAUGAGGAUGAGCCUAUGCUCGGGAUCGAGUCUACCGAGUCGCCAGAGCAUGGUGAACAACGCUCGACCCCUGUACGACCGCGUAGGCGGCGCAGUGCGAAAUGGUCACGAAAAAAGAAACUUUCGGCGACCCCGGUUGAUGGAACAGACAAGGGUGAAACGCCUACGCCUGAAGGCGCCGCGAGCUUGAAGCUGACGGUGCCGCCCCUGGCGUCCAUCACCGCGCAUGUGGGUAACACUCCGCGGGCACCAGGCGACAUGUCUGAAUUGGGCGCAAUGGGCGACAUGCCGAUCGAUCCCAACGAACCAUGCUAUUGUUAUUGUAAUCAAGUCUCAUUCGGAGUUAUGGUUGCAUGCGACAACGCCAAUUGUGAACGGGAAUGGUUCCACCUCGGUUGCGUCGGUCUCCAAGAGCCACCUUCCUCGAAAGCGAAGUGGUAUUGUCGAGAUUGUACUGAGAAGAUGGGUAAAAAGAAGAAAGGGCGGUAGUCCAGCACCUUCGCUCCUGGUCCGCUUGCCGCUAUUACGAGCAGUAAUUUUAUACAUUCAGUUGUGCGUGUUGUAUGUAGCGUAUUCA